AUGGCAUCACGCUCUCCAUCGUCUUCACCUGAUUCUGCCACAGGCUCAGGUACCGACCCAGCUCGGCCUGAUACAGGAGAGCCUCUCGGCGGAGGAUCAGACUCCGACUCAGAUCUAGGAUUAGGGAAAUUCUACUGCGGUGUAGGUGACCCGGGUCAUCGACUGGAAGGGGAGGAAUUGGAACACGAAUUUGAGGCAGCGGCAGACCGUCUCCGAGAUCUAGUUCAGACGGCCAGUAGGGAACAAUUGUUGUACCUGUAUGCUAGGUAUAAACAGGUAAAGGUUGGAAAGUGCAAUACAGCAAAGCCUGGGUUUUUUGAUUUUGAAGGUCAAAGAAAAUGGACAGCAUGGAAGCAGCUUGAGGACAUGAGUGCAGAACAGGCAAUGCAGGAGUACGUUUCGUGUGUAACUUCACUAGACCCAGACAGCAGUCAGAAGGCAUCAGAGAGAAGAGCGCGUAGGACAGGAUUUGGAGGCCCAGCAGUCAGUUCCCUCUACCAAGAAGAAAUGAUCAGGGAAGAAGACAAGAACAUAUUUGACUACUGCAGAGAGAACAACAUAGAACACAUUACCACGGCUAUCAGUUCCAAGGAAGUGGAUGUCAACGCAAAAGAUGAAGAGGGACGGAAUUUGCUGCACUGGGCCUGUGACAGAGGACACAAAGACCUGGUGUCUGUGUUACUGCAGAACAGUGCUGGCAUUAACAGUCAGGAUGACGAGGGCCAGACAGCGCUACACUAUGCGUCUGCGUGUGAGUUUGCUGACAUAGUGGAACUGCUUCUACAGGCUGGGGCAGACCCUUCCAUGAAAGACCAGGAGGGCUCUCUGCCUGAGGAGGUCACUGAAUCCAGCACCAUCUCCUCACUGCUGCGCCAGUACACCGCCCCCAAGGGCUAGYCCCAGCUUCGCCAUCCCCUCCCCUCCAGCCUGUGCCCACCCCACCCUAGACCUAGCAUCCAGCUCUCUCAGUAAUGGUCAUCCCACUCUGAAAGUGCAACCCACCACUUCAUCAUCUCUCAUGUCCCAUUCCAAGGAAUGCAUCCAUCAUCAUCGCUAUUAAAAAAAUGUGUUUCUCUCUUACUUUUUCAGACCACCUCCUUUGAUGACACGACAGUCAUGUUUGCACUUCGGAUUUUGUGUUACCUUCACUUGUCUUGUGUUUCCUGAUUAUUAUUAUUUAUUUUUUUAAGACAUUUGGAGAGCUUAUGUAUAUUGGUAAAAAAUAAAAAAUAUAACUUCUAAAGAAGUUUACCUAUUGUUACCUAUCUAGUCUGACUGCUUAUUUAGCAUUUUUAGUUGGUAUCAUCCUUGCAUAUAUAGAACUGGACAAGAAAAAUACAAAUUUAACCUAUAUUUGUCCAAAAAGAAACUUAGAAUAUGCUAUUUUAUAUUCAGAUGGAGCAUGGAGAAAUCUAGGUAGAAGUUUUUCCAUAAUAACUAACGUAACCAUAGCAGCACACAGAUCAAAUUGCCUGGCCAGGCCUCUUCAUUUGAGUGAACCCUUUGUCCACUGAGCACAUUCUGUCUCCCUUGGCCCACCCCACAUACCCACACCCUCUAUUAUGUCACUUAAGAUAUAUUUGGAUGUUCUCCAAAUAGCCAACACAUG